CGGUCCCGGUCCCGGUCCCGGUCCCGUCCCCCCCCCCCCCCCCCAUGUCCGGCCCGCGGCUCCUCCGCUCCGCCCGGACUUUCCUGACGGCCCCGGGGAUUCUCCGGUUCCUCAACCGCCGGAGCCGCUCCCGGCCGCCCGCCCGGGAUGAUUUGCUGGAGAAUUUGGAGAAGAGAACAGCCUGGGACAGAUUCUAUCUCAAGAGCCUAGCCCAGCCCUUUAAGCACUUUGAUUGGUUUCUUGGCUACUCCUCACUCCAUGGGAUCUUGGUUGAGCUGCUGCUGGGGGUGGAUAAGGAUGGGCCACGGAAACUACUGGAUCUUGGCUGUGGCACAUCGGAGUUGGGUCCCCGGCUGUACUGUGAUUGCCCUUUCCCGCUCCAUGUCUACUGCGUGGAUUUCUCUCCUGUGGCUGUGAGUCUGAUGCAAGCACAGUUUUCACCACUUCCUGCACCUGGGAACCCAGCUUCUCAACUGCAUUUUCUGCAGGCUGACGCCACCCACCUUUUGGACUUCCAGUCAGGGACGUUUGACCUCAUCCUGGACAAGGGAACGAUGGACGCAAUGCUCCGGGCAAAUGAUGGGGGCUUGGCGGUGAAGCAAGCACUGUCAGAGUCAGUGCGCGUGAUGCAUGCUGGGGGCUCGGUGCUACAGGUGUCUGAUGAGGAUCCAGAUGUGAGGAUUCUUUGGUUGGAGAGAGUUUGGAAGGUCAACGUCACAGCCUUUGAACUGGAGCCUGAUGGGCGCACCAGUUACUUCGCUUACCUUAUCAAACCAAUAAAGUGAGUGAGCAAGU